UGGAAAUUUAAAAUCUUAAGUUCUUUUUAAUCAUUAGAAAUAAACUUCUCAUAUCUCUGAGCAGAAAUUAGAGAAACCAUUUUUUUAGAAAACUAUUUCCACCUUUCCGGCGGUGACGACCUCCCUAUGAGAACAUGCCUCUCGCAAAAGAUCUCCUUCCUCCCUCUCCAGAAAAGGAAAAGAGGAAACACAAGAAAAAGCGCCUGGUGCAGAGUCCCAAUUCCUACUUUAAGGAUGUGAAAUGCCCAGGAUGCUGUAAGAUCACCACGGUCUUUAGCCAUGCACAGACGGUAGCCUUGUGUGUCGGCUGCUCCACUGUCCUCUGUCAGCCCACAGGCAGAAAAGCAAGGCGGACAGAAGGAUGCUCCUUCAGGAGGAAGCAGCACUGAAAAGCACCUGAUUCAAGAUGAGUGCGAACCAUCCCAAUAAAACACAUUUUAGAUUAAAAAAGAAGAAAAUCAUCUCCUGUGCUUAGUAGAGCAGACUCAAAGUGCAGGAAAAAUCUGUUCCACUAAUAACCCACAGAUGAGCAUGGACUUCAUCAAUGCCCAUAUCUCACCGGCAGAAUAGGAGGCAUGCAGGAACAGACCCCGUGACUAAGCUCUGGGGUCAUUUCCCAGUGUAUUAAGCAAUUCAGUGCAUGGUUAGUUCUACAUUCUCAUCCCUAGAGCAGUACCUCAUACUCCAUAGGGAAAAUGCAUGAAUCUUGAACAAUCCCAUUGGCCACCCACAUCCAGCAAGGAUGGCAAA